AUGAGCUCACAACGUGGCAAUGUUUCUCGCACACGAAAACAGAAAUAUCAGAAUAACAGAGCCUUCAAAAAUGAUAUGCAUGAUAAAUCUGACAAAACAAAACUCAUUAACAACUUGAAUUUUGAAGGCAUUUGUCUACGCUGUAAGGAUAUAAUUCAAUGGAAAAUAAAGUACAAAAAAUACAAACCAUUAUCCCAGCCUGCUACAUGUGUCAGAUGUCACAAGAAAACUGUGAAGAGAGCUUAUUACACAGUGUGUCAGCCUUGUGCAACCCAAGUUAAAGUUUGUGCUAAAUGUAAUACCAAACAAGAUAGUAUAAUACAGGUGGGGCAGAGUGAGGAAGAAAAGAAAGCCCAAGAAGAGCAAUUAAAAUUUGAAGUUCAGCACUUAAAGGAAAGGCAGAGAAGAACUUUAUAUCGACAUAUUGAGAAGGGAGAGAAUCCUGAAGAUGUUCUUGGGGCAACAAAUGAAAUCAACAUGUCGUCAACAUCAAAAAAACAUCAGAACUUUGUCUCCGAGCCAAUGGGGGAGAAGACAGUGUAUGAGCUGGCUGGGAUUGGUGAGGCACUGGGUUCACGCUUGACUGAAAAAAAUUAUGAUAAGGCAUAUGUAGUUCUAGGCCAGUAUCUUCUUUUUAAAAAAGAUGAAAGUCUCUUCAAGGAUUGGUUAAAAGAUAUCUGUGCUGCCAAUUCUAAACAGCAGGAGGAUUGCUAUCAGUGUCUGAAGCAGUGGUGUGAUUCGUUUUUGUGA